CAGCUGCCUGUCCCGCGGAUGUUCGACUGCUCCCGGCAGCAGGUGUCUUCUAGUUCGCAGCAAGUAUUGUAGCCGCGGCUGGCGCAGACGCUGCAACCCGAGCAGUAGGAGAGGCCGGUACAAGACCAGCGUCAGAGGCUUAUGAUAACUCAGCUAAAUCUGGAUGGACUUUCAUGGGGAUAGCACUGGGCACAUCUGACUCCUGAGUGACUCUACAGCCAAGCUCCAAAGCAUAGAGGUAUAAGGAAUUGAAAACAACUGCUGUUUUGUCAAGAUGGAAAACAACACAACUACAAUCUCUCGUGAAGAGCUGGAAGAACUGAGAGAAGCAUUCAGUAAAAUAGAUAUUGACAAUAGUGGAUAUGUCAGUGAUUAUGAGCUUCAAGAUCUUUUUAAAGAAGCAAGCCUCCCCUUGCCUGGCUACAAAGUGCGAGAGAUUGUAGAAAAAAUUAUAGCAGUAACAGAUAGCAACAAAGAUGGGAAAAUCGACUUUGAAGAAUUUGUAUCAGUUAUUCAUGAAUUGAAAAGUAAAGAGGUUAGCAAAUCAUUCCGAAAAUCAAUAAACAAAAAACAGGGUAUUACAGCGAUUGGAGGAACUUCACCAAUUUCCAGUGAGGGGACACAGCACUCUUAUGCAGAGGAAGAAAAAGUUGCUUUUGUUAACUGGGUAAAUAAAGCUCUUAAAGAUGACCCUGACUGUAAGCAUCUCCUUCCCAUGGAUCCAUCAGAUGCCAGUCUUUUUAAGUCACUUGCAGAUGGCAUCCUCCUUUGCAAAAUGAUUAACUUAUCUCAACCAGAUACAAUUGAUGAACGGGCUAUUAAUAAGAAGAAGCUCACACCUUUCACUAUUUCAGAAAAUCUAAAUCUCGCCCUGAAUUCUGCAUCAGCUAUUGGCUGUACAGUGGUCAACAUUGGAUCACAAGAUCUAAAGGAAGGAAAACCACAUUUGGUAUUGGGUCUCUUGUGGCAGAUCAUUAAAGUUGGUCUUUUUGCAGACAUUGAGAUCUCCAGAAAUGAAGCUCUUAUUGCUUUGCUAAAUGAAGGGGAAGAACUAGAGCAGCUACUGAAACUUUCCCCAGAAGAGCUCUUGCUACGUUGGGUGAACUAUCAUCUGGCCAAUGCAGGAUGGCAGAAAAUCAGUAACUUCAGUCAAGACAUUAAGGAUUCAAGAGCCUAUUACCAUCUGCUAAAUCAGAUUGCACCUAAAGGAGGCAAAGAUGAUGAGGUUCCCAUUAACAUUGACCUUUCAGGGUUUAAUGAAAAGAAUGACUUGAAGAGGGCUGAAUAUAUGCUUCAGCAGGCAGACAAACUGGGCUGCAGACAGUUUGUUACUCCAGCUGAUGUAGUUGCAGGCAACCCUAAACUUAACUUGGCUUUUGUUGCAAAUCUCUUUAAUACAUACCCAGCCCUGCACAAGCCUGACAGUUCUAUGUAUGACCUCAAUUUACUAGAAGGUGAAAGUAAGGAAGAGAGGACAUUCCGGAAUUGGAUGAAUUCUUUGGGUGUAAACCCAUAUAUUAACCACUUAUACAGUGACCUUGCUGAUGCUUUAGUGAUCUUCCAGCUGUAUGAAAUGAUUCGUGUUCCCGUAGAAUGGAGCCAUGUCAACAAACCUCCAUAUCCUGCACUUGGUGGCAACAUGAAAAAAAUUGAGAAUUGUAAUUAUGCAGUGGAACUUGGGAAGACAAAGGCCAAAUUCUCCCUGGUUGGCAUUGCUGGACAGGAUCUAAAUGAUGGCAAUCCAACUUUGACCUUGGCAUUGGUGUGGCAGCUGAUGAGAAGAUAUACUCUGAAUGUAUUAUCGGACCUUGGAGAGGGGGAAAAAGUAAACGAUGAAAUUAUUAUUAAAUGGGUGAAUCAAACUCUUGCAAAUGCAAAUAAGAAAACCUCCAUUACCAGCUUCAAGGACAAAUCUAUUAGCACUAGUUUACCUGUACUAGAUUUAAUAGAUGCCAUUGCACCAAAAGCAAUUCGUCAAGAAAUGGUAAAGAGAGAAGAUCUUUCUGAACAAGACAAAUUGAAUAAUGCUAAAUAUGCCAUUUCAGUUGCUCGAAAGAUUGGUGCUCGUAUUUAUGCAUUGCCAGAUGAUCUGGUAGAAGUGAAACCAAAAAUGGUUAUGACAGUGUUUGCAUGCUUGAUGGGAAGAGGACUGAACAAAAUAAAAUAAUGAAGACUUUUUAAAAGUUUCUGCCAUGUUAAAAUACAAUGAAUGCCUCACAAUUUACAGGAUUUGGAAAUUUAGUGGAUAUAAAAAGAGAGAAAAAUCUGUAUGAGUAAUAUGGAUAUAUAUUCAUUAAUUACAUUUUAAUAACUUGUUUAUAGUAGCAAAGGUUUCAUUCAAACAAUUUAAUAUUACAUGAAUUAUAUAUGGGUUAAUAGUUCUAUCAGACUAUGUUCAUUACCAAAUUAAGGUUACAUUCAUGCAUUGCUAUUUAAAAAAACUUGUAAAUCAAGCCUGGUUCAUAAUCUUUUCAUAGCGUGAAAAGGAUCAGAAGCUUUUUAAAAUAAGUUAUUUUAGGAUCUGCUGUGAAAAUGUUUUGAUUCUUGUGGGUAUUAUUUACUUGUAGUCAUAGUAAUAGCUGUGUAAAGAUCUAUUUAAACACUGUUAUAUUUUCCCAAAACUGAACAAAGAUCAGCAUCAUUGCCUUAU